AUGAAUGUGUUCGAGCUUGUGCCUGAUCAGCAUUCCCUUGACUUGAGUGUCCAGGUAGUGUCACUCUUGACCAAAGCAACUUAUACUCAUGAAAAAACUGGAGAAAUUAUACAAGUUGCUGAAUACUUGGUUGCAGACCCGACAGCGCAAGUCAUUUUCAAGGCGGAGGCGGAUCAAAUCCAUAUGCUAGAACAACAUCAACACGUUCGUCUCUUGAAUGCUCGGACAACGGCCCUACAUGGCCAUCUGAGAAUAGUUGUCGACCAGCAUGAGAAAUUUGGUGGACGCGUUCUCCCCGACACAGAAGCCAUCGAUAUCCCAUUACCAUCUAGCCUCCCCAACAUAUCCGAUGUAGAGUUCACAUUGUCUUGA